ACAAGUAGUUUGAUCGACUUGGCUUUGUUCGAAUAAAGCCCCUCCCUCUCCGAUUGUACUAUCAAAUAAAACCGGAGAGAGAGACCGAAAAUUUAAAAAAAAGGAAAAAAAAAAGGAAAAAAAGGAGAAAAAAAUGAUUGGAAAGGUCGUAGUGUCGGUGGCUUCGGUCCUACUGGUAGUGGGAGUGGCCAUAGGAGUGGUGGCGGUCGUGAAGAACAACAACAGCCACGAGACGCCAUUGACGCCGCAGAUGAAAGCGGUNNNNGCCAUCUGCCAAUCGACCACCGACAAAGCCUCGUGCGUCAAGACCCUCGAGCCCGUCAACACCGACGACCCGAACAAGCUGAUCAAGGCGUUCAUGUUGGCCACCCAGGACGCGAUCCUAAAGGCCUACAACUUCACCGGCAAGGCCGAGGGGACUGUCGGAAACAACACCGCCAAUGCCCCCACCAACAAGGCCGUCCUCGAGUACUGCAUGAGAGUUUUCUCCUACGCCCUCGAGGAUCUCAAGUCCAUUCUCGAAGAGAUGGAUGACGAUAUGGAGCAGACGGGUAGCAAGCUCGACCAGCUCAAACAAUGGCUGACCGGUGUUUUCGUCUACCAGACCUCUUGCCUUGACGACAUCGAGGAUGCCGAGCUCAGGAAGAUAAUGGCCGACGGCAUUGCCAACUCCAAGAUCCUCACCAGCAACGCCAUCGACAUAUUCUCCACCGUCCUCACCGCUAUGACCGAGCUCGGUCUAGCCAAAAACGGCACCAUCAACAUCCCUGGAAUUACCACACCCGGUCGCCGCCUUCUCGAGGAGGCUGAAGCCGCCGAGGGAGGAUUCCCGGCCUGGAUGCCCGGUGCCGACAGGAAGCUCUUAGCCAACGCCGGUCGCGGUGGCGCAGACCCGAGGAUCAAGGCAACCUUCGUGGUGGCUAAGGAUGGAAGCGGACAGUUCAAGACCGUUGCCCAAGCCGUGAACGCUUGUCCCGACAAGAACCCCGGCAGGUGCAUCAUCCACAUCAAGGCCGGAGUCUACAGAGAGCAAGUCAUCAUCCCGAAAAAGAAGAACAACAUCUUCAUGUUCGGUGACGGUGCAAGAAGAACCAUCAUCACCUACAACAGGAGUGUCAAGCUCAGCCCUGCUACCACAACAUCCCUCAGCGGAACUGUCCAGGUUGAAUCGGAAGGGUUCAUGGCUAAAUACAUCGGGUUCAAGAACACAGCCGGACCAAUGGGACACCAGGCUGUGGCUAUCCGUGUCAACGGAGACCGAGCCGUCCUCUUCAACUGCAGGUUCGACGGGUACCAAGACACGCUCUACGUGAACAACGGUCGCCAGUUCUACAGAAACUGCGUUGUGUCGGGAACCGUCGACUUCAUCUUCGGCAAAUCCGCGACCGUGAUCCAGAACUCGCUCAUCGUGGUCCGAAAGGGCAACCCGGGUCAGCUCAACACCAUCACAGCCGACGGAAACGAGAAGGGCACCAACGUCAAGAUCGGGAUCGUGCUCCAGAACUGCCGCAUCGUUCCAGACAAGAAACUCGAGGCAGAGAGGCUGACCGUGCCGUCGUACCUAGGCAGGCCGUGGAAACAGUACUCGACGACGAUCGUGAUGAACAGUGAGAUCGGAGACGUGAUCAGACCGGAGGGAUGGAUGAUCUGGCAAGGAGAGAACUUCCACAAGUCGUGCAAAUACAUCGAGUACAACAACCGUGGACCAGGAGCCAACGGAGCGAAGAGAGUCAACUGGGCUAAGGUUGCAAAAGCCAGUUCCGAAGUCAACGGCUUCACCGUCGCCAACUGGUUGGCUCCCAUCGAAUGGAUCCAAGCCGCUGACGUGCCUGUCCAGCUCGGAUUAUAAGCUCCGAAAUUUGAGAGAAACAAAAGCAACGGAAAUAAUAAAAAGAAUACGUGGCAUGUAAAAGGCUGAAAAACGACAUCGUUUCACUGGUUGAGGUUCCUUUUUUUCAAAUUAUUAUGGUGUUAGAUUUACGUGGAAAUGGUGUUGUCGGAAUGCUUUUUUUGUUGUUUCACGUACAAAAGAAAAAAAUAUUUUUUAUUUCAUUCGAUGAAACAAUUCGUUAGUUCAUGAUCGAGUUGUAUUUUGAAUAAUAAUUUUAUGUUUGAUA